CUGGUUUUCAUCCUGACUUGCAGAACACGAUCCUACAAUGGGUGACUCCUAUGUUAUAGCCUUAGACUUUGGUACUGCUUACAGUGGAUAUGCCUUCAAUAUCACAACCAGCGAGCAAGAAAGUGAUCCCAGAAUAAAGAGUUGGGGAGCAGACCACGGACUGGACACCCCAAAGACUUCAACCUGCAUCCUGUUUGAUCAAAAUGAAGAAUUUCUGAAGUUUGGAUAUGAAGCCAAAACCACAUAUAUCAAAAUGAGAGGAGAAGAAGCAAAGAAACAUUAUUUCUUUGAAGGAUUCAAGAUGGCUCUCUAUGGCAAAGAUCUUAACAAGAACUUUAAGAUUAAAGCAGCAAAUAAUAAGGAAAUGACAGCUCUGAAGGUUUUCUCUGAGUCCCUGAGAUUCCUGAAGGAUGACGCACUGAAAACAAUCAACUCCAAGGCACCAGGACAGAAUUUCACUCCCUCUGACUUCACCUGGGUUCUGACGGUUCCUGCCAUCUGGGAUGAGUCAGCAAAACAGUUCAUGAGAGAAGCUGCAACUCAGGCAGGAAUUGUAACUGAAGGAACUGAAGACAAACUGAUGAUUGCACUGGAACCAGAAGCUGCUUCAGUCUGGUGUAAGAAGCUUCCAUCAGAUGGUUUCAUCACAGAGAACCACAAUAGUAACUCACUGGAUCAGACUAAAGGAUUUCAGACUAUUAUUGUUGAUUGUGGAGGAGGAACUAUUGACAUCACUGUUCACAAAAUCCUGAACAACGGAGCCUUAAAGGAGAAGCACAGAGCCUCUGGGAAUAACCUGGGAGGACAAACUGUGGACAGAAAGUUCCAAGAGUUUCUGAGAGAGAUAUUCACUGAUGGAGUCUGGGAUGAAUAUGAAGAAACAUAUCCCAGUGAAGUUCAGAAAAUGAUAUUUGAAUUUAGUCGUCUCAAACAGGUAGAUGAGGAUAUUGAGAUCCCAUGUCCAUUUAAUCUGGGGAAACUGGCGCGGAGAAAGAAAGACAUAGAAAAGUUCUUUGAGUCAGUACAAGGAGCUUCCUGGAAUAAAGGAGUCAUCAAAAUCUCCAGAGAGAAACUGAGAUCUUUCUAUGAUGAGAGUCUUCAGGGCAUGACCAAGAGUCUCAAAGAAAUAUUAGAAAAAGAUCUCAAAAUUGACUUCAUUCUCUUAGUGGGGGGGUUCGCAGAAAGUAAAAUACUGCGGCAGCACAUUAUUGAACAGUUUGUAGGAAAAUAUAAAAUAUUGUGUCCUGCUAGACCUCAGGAAGCGAUCCUUAGAGGAGCUGUAGAGUUUGGAAGAAACCCAAAGAUAGUGACAUGUCGGAGAAGUCGCUUUACUUAUGGGGUGGCCGUGUUAAAAAAGUUUGAUGAGUCUGAACAUAAACAAGAGAAGAAACUCUUAGCUGAUGGAAAAGAGUGGUGUAAGGACAUUUUUAAAAAACUGCUGGAAGUAGGUCAAGAUGUAGCCUGGGAUGAAACCAGAGAGCAUCUCCUUAAUGCAGCAGAUCCAAAACAGACACAGAUGAGUGUUAGAUUGUUUAGGACUGAAAAAAAAAAUCCAGAAUAUGUAGAUGAUAGUGGGGUGGAAGAAAUAGGUUCAUUUGUAGUUAAACUAUGUAAUUCUAAAACAAAUCAAGAACGUAAAGUGAAAAUAGAACUAAAUUUUGGCUCAGCGAUUAGAGCAACAGGGACUGACUUGAAUACUGGAAAGAAAAGCACACUUAAAUUUGAGUUCAAGAAUGUCUGAAACAUUUAUAAUAUCACACUGCAGUGGUUUACAGUUGAAGGUUGAUGUCAUACCACAGGCCAUAAUGGUUUUAUCUUAUUUGUAAUGACUAUCAGCUUGUUUUGUGUUCAGGUUCACAUUUUUACUUUUCACUUUUAGAAAACAAAGAACACAUUGAUUUGAGUAUAUUAUAUAGCAGAAACCUGUUUUCUGUGUUCUGUAAAUUUGCUUUAAUCUUUGUCUUUUCUUUGCUGCAAUGUAUUACUAAACCUUGUGUCAUAAAAUGGUUAGUUGGGUGGUCAGGAUUAGAUGCGGUGGACCCAGGUUGUAGUGGAAAAUUAUGGUUUUAAUGAACAAAAAGUGAACAGAAAUCCAGACACGGGUAGCACUAGAAGAGAUGACACAGGGACAACGCAGCGAGGACAAUGACACAAGAAAACUAUAACGUACGAUAAUACUCGACAAGGAUCCGAUGAGAAAACACAGACACAGGUGAGUAUGAGGAGAGGAGAUAAUCAAGGGAACGAGACACAGCUGAAAACAAUAACAUGGGGUCAGGGGCGCAACUACAUACUUUCUGAGGAGUAUGCGAACAUGUCAUGGGCUUCACUGUAAUUGUUUAGCCUGGAAUGUGUGUCUUCCCACUACCAUCUGUAUUUAUGCCAGAGGUUUUGCUUCUAAGGACGGUGUAGCAUCGGGUGGACAUUUUAAAAAGACGUGGGUUGAUAGCAGCUCACCGCGGCUCCGUCUCUAAGCAACCAUGACAACAGGGUCAGUUCGUGGGGUUUGGGGAGGGGGGUUCUAUUUAGGUCCUGCAAUUUAUUUGACCUUAAUAUUUCCUGUGUUUUGUUUGGGUGGUUAUUAUUACAAUUAUUAUUGAGAUGUGUGUGAUAGGUGUGUCUACCAGACACUCUCUUGUUGAUACACUGACAUUACUUACCUACUGUCUUUCAGUCACUUUGAAAAGCUUUUCUUCGUCUCUCCAACAUCUUUAUCCCUCCCCCUCUUCCAUUUUCUAUUUUGUGCCCCAGAGUUUUUUUUUUUUUGCCGCCCCAUCUUUAGCUCCCUGUUGUCGAGGCAUUACUACAAUUAAAAUUUAAAAGAAAACAAAUACGCCUCAGUGCGUUCUCAAUGGGACGUGUGCCCAAGCUACCUGAAUAGGAGGGGAGAGUGGCUGGUAGGAGGGCCUAAUCAGUGCUGUUCCUCUGUUAUUGAUCAUUUCAUACACAAACAGCUGUUAAGUAUAUAAAAUGCUGAUUAGAAAAAAAAUUCCCCACAUCGUUUUUGUGCCCCCUCUAGUGCAAGUAUCCGUUGCAAACGGUGCAUACUCACUUUUUGCGCCACUGCAUGGGGUCUAAAUUAACCAAAAACACACAUAUCCUCACACCUUGUUCCAACCAUGAUAUUUGGAAAACGUUUGCCCCCUUGUCUUUUGCCUCCAUCCCAAUUAUGCCAAUGGCGCAUUGGUGACAAGUUGUUUCUUUUAGAAGUUUGGUUUUGACAAAGGGAUUAUCCACGUCUUUAUUACAUUUACAUACAUUUAUUGAUUAUUAGCUAUUAUGUUUUACUAGUCAAUGAUUCACAUGAGAGGCUACCUUGUAAUGUGUGUGCAUGUAUUUGUGUGUUUUAAGUCUUGUAUUCCUUCAGUGGUUCCCAAAGUGUGGGGCGCGCCC